AUGCCCUCCAUCCGUCCGUUUCAUUUCCUCCGUAUGUGGACUCUCCACGAAUCUUUCCAGCUGGUUGUUAAGAAGGUGUGGGAGGGAAUGUGCUCCACCAACCCCAUGGUAAAUGUGCAGUUGAAGCUGAAAAAGACCAAACAAUUACUUAAAGUAUGGAAUAAAGAGGUUUUUGGGAACAUCUUCCACCAUAUCAAGGAGACACAGUCUGCAGCCUUUGACAUCCCUAAAGAUGGCGCCCCAGGCCCUGAUGGGUUUUCUUCUUCCUUCUUCAUUGAGUGUUGGCCAACGGUGGGAGAAGACAUUCACAAAGCUGCAUGCUCCAUGUUCUCGAGAGAAGCGAUCCCUAGAGCCUUUACUGCAUCUCUAAUAUGUCUUAUUCCAAAGUCCUCCGAAGCCUCAAAAUUUGCUAAUUACCACCCAAUUAGCUUGUGUAAUGUGAUCUAUAAAAUUUUCUCCAAGAUCCUCGCUUCACGAUUGAGCAAGGUCCUCCCUAAACUGAUCUCAUUGGAACAGGGGGCUUUCGUUAAAGGAAGAGCGAUCACUGAAAACAUUGUGAUGGCCCUGGAGGCAAUGCAAAAUCUCGACAGGAAAACUAGGGGCGUGAAUAUCAUUCUGAAACUUGACUUGGAAAAAGCUUAUGACAGGAUUGAUUGGAACUUCCUCAAGCAGGUCUUGCUCAAAUUUGGGUUUAGGGAUAGAUGGGUUGCUCUUAUGGAAACCUGCUGGGCGGAAGCCUUCUCCAGAUCCUUCAGACAGCUGGUAGUUAGAGGUUGGUGCAAGCCGUUCAGCCCUCCGAGGGGUUGUCCCCUCAUCUCUCACUUAUUGUUCGCAGAUGAUACAUUGUUGUUUGUCAAUGGCAGCCGGGAAUCGCUCAAUACUGUUAAGGAAUUCUUAAGCUCCUUCCAAAAUGUCUCUAGUCAUAGGAUUAACAACACCAAGUGCUACUUUGUUCCUUCCAAGGACUUAUCAGCUACUAGAAUCAGGAGCACAGAGCGCAUUCUGGGAUUCUCUAAAGCCAGAUCUAGGGUGUUUGUCCCAAGCUGGGAGAUUAACCCUCAUCAAGCAUGUCUUGGGAAGUAUUCCCCUCCAUACCAUGGCAGUCAUGAGGACGCCAGCCCAGGUGAUAACAAUAUGGAGUAUAAUUUUGCUCAAUUCUUUUGGGGAUGGGCCGAGGGAAAAAGGAAAUGCCAUUGGAUUGCAUGGAGUAAGAUUGCUAGGCCAAUUGAGGAGGGUGGCCUUGGGGUUAGAAAUCUGAAAGAUGUGUUGUCUACUCUUCAUAUGAAGAUGGCUUGGAAUGUUAAGUAUGGGGACAAAGAGGGCCCUUGGGUGGCCCACAUGCGCACCAUAUAUCGGGGUGAUUUGGAGGAUGCACUUGCAAUCAGAACAUCCAAUCACGCUCCCCCUUAUUGGAAAGAGAUCAGAAACGUCCUUCCGAUUAUCGCCAGGAACGCCCAGUAG